AUGGGACGUCGUGUGCGAGGGUGGCCUGCUGCCCUCUGCGAUGGUGCCUUCCCACACACUGGCAGGGCCCGGCUUGUCAGCCUGGCAGAGCUGGCUCCAAAGGCACUGGGAAAGGAAUGUGGACAGCUUGCGGAUGUGGGCAGUUGGACUGAUGCCCUUUACCACUCAUUUGCCUACGGCUACUGGAAGCGACAUAACCUCUCUUGCCAGUUUUUAUGCACUUCAGAAGAUAUACCAGCCAGCCUCUCCAAUCAUGGAUAUUUAUGGGCUUUGGAAAAUGCCCAGCUAAUCAGAGAAGUGGAAGUGGAAAAGGUCUGCGCCCUGUCCAGGGACCAGGUGGAGGCCAUCAAGCAGCUCUGGGAGGACCCAGGAAUCCAGGAGUGUUACGACAGGAGAAGGGAGUACCAGCUGUCAGACUCGGCCAAAUAUUACCUGACUGACCUUGACCGCAUCGCCAUGCCGUCAUUUGUGCCAACACAGCAAGACGUGCUUCGCGUCCGAGUGCCCACAACCGGCAUCAUCGAGUAUCCGUUUGACUUGGAAAACAUCAUCUUUCGGAUGGUAGAUGUUGGUGGCCAGCGAUCUGAGAGACGGAAAUGGAUUCACUGCUUUGAGAGUGUCACCUCCAUUAUUUUUUUGGUUGCGCUGAGUGAAUACGACCAGGUCCUGGCUGAGUGUGACAAUGAGAACCGCAUGGAGGAGAGCAAAGCCUUAUUUAAAACCAUUAUUACCUAUCCCUGGUUUUUGAACUCCUCUGUGAUUUUGUUCUUAAAUAAGAAGGAUCUUUUGGAGGAGAAAAUCAUGUACUCUCAUCUAAUUAGCUACUUUCCAGAAUACACAGGACCGAAGCAGGAUGUCAGAGCCGCCAGAGACUUUAUCCUGAAGCUGUACCAAGAUCAGAAUCCUGACAAAGAGAAAGUCAUCUAUUCUCACUUCACAUGUGCCACAGACACGGAGAAUAUCCGCUUUGUGUUCGCGGCUGUGAAGGACACAAUUCUCCAGCUCAACCUGAGGGAGUUCAACUUGGUUUAGAAGCUGCCGCCCACGCCUCACCCAUCCCGCAGGACAGGAUCUGCAAGCUCCUC